AUGUCUAACGAACAAACCUUCAUUGCCAUCAAGCCAGAUGGUGUCCAGCGUGGACUCGUCGGCCCAAUCAUCAGCCGAUUUGAGGCUCGUGGUUACAAGCUUGCUGGCAUCAAGCUCUGCAGCCCUGGAAAGGAGCACCUCGAGAAGCACUAUGCUGAUCUCUCCGACAAGCCAUUCUUUGCUGGUCUCGUCAACUACAUGAACUCUGGCCCAAUCUGCGCCAUGGUCUGGGAAGGACGUGAUGCCGUCAAGACCGGUCGUACCCUCCUCGGUGCCACCAACCCAUUGGCCUCUGCCCCAGGUACCAUCCGUGGUGACUACGCCAUCGAUGUCGGACGCAAUGUCUGCCACGGUUCCGACUCUGUCGAGAACGCCAAGAAGGAGAUUGCUCUCUGGUUCAAGGAGGGUGAGGUUCUCUCAUGGAAGUCCGCUCAACACGACUGGGUCUACGAGAAGUAG